GCACAGAGGACGGGGAAGAAGAGGGAGUGGUUCCAUUCAAACAGAUAGUUUAAUCAGCAGUCUGGACUCAAAAGAACUGUUUAUCCAAUGUGUGCGUGCUUGCGAGUGUGAGCACUCAGGCAACUGUGGCCUUACAGGGCUUAUAGUGAAUACACAUCACAUGAAUGGACUUGUCCACAGACUGAGAUUCGUCAGUGAAAGACAAGUAAGUGACCAACCUCUUGGUGACAAGCCAGGACCACCCUGGGCACACGAGCACAAACUGGUACAAAUAGAGGGCUGCAUAAAGCGUUGGUUUAUCCAUUUAUAUAGUCGUACAUUUGUUGCUUUUUAAAAAAAAGUCGAUUUUAAUAUUCUUCAGUUGAUUUAGGUUCAGCGGCAUUGGUGAUUAUCAGUUCAACCUACUAAACCCAGACCACGCAAUGCUCUCUGUUGUUCCCUGUUUACGCCUUCAUCGAGCAGGCUGCAAGGGAGGGAUUGUGGGGAUCGUAGUCCAAUUAUGAUUGGAUUGAUCACAGGGAUGAAGGGGGUGGGGCCAGGGCAGGAAGGUUUGAAGUCAACAGGGCAGGGAGGUGAACAAGAGGGAAGAUGGAUAUAGAAGAGGGAGCGAGAAGAGGAAGAGGCCAGAUGAGCAGAGCAGCAGGAGACGGAGGAUAACAGGAGUCAGCCUGUCGGCCAAUCAGGAAGACGAGACGGACAUGGAGACGUUCCAGAUGGAGAUCGACAGGGAGACGAAGAAGUGCAUCUUCCGGACCAGUCAGGGGAACUACUGGGCCCUGGUGGCCCACGGAGGCAUACAGACCACUGCCACCGACAUAUCAGCCGACACCAUGUUCACACUGGAGUGGCUGGGUAACAGAAUGGCGCUACGAGCCAACAACGGUAAAUACGUCUGUACCAAGAAGAAUGGCCAGCUGCUAGCCGUUAGCGACUCUAUUGGCGAAGACGAGCAGUUCAAUCUGAAGUUGAUCAAUCGACCAAUGCUGAUCCUCAAAGGAGAGAACGGCUACAUCUGCCACCACAAGACUUCCAACACGCUGGACGCCAGUCGAUCUGUCUACGACAUCUUCACCUUAAGCUUCAACGACGGAGCGUACCACAUCAAAGGCGUGACCGGGCGGUUCUGGUACGUGAACAGCGCCGGGCUGGUGUGCUCCGACGGAGAGACCCCGGAGGACUUCACCCUGGAGUUCCCGGAGCACGGGCGCAUCGCCGUCCGCGGCAAGAACGGCAGAUACCUCCGCGGGGACCAAGGGGGCACCCUCAAGGGCGACGGACUCAGCGCCAACAGCUCGGCCCUGUGGGAGUACUGAUCCCGGACCGCUGCCCCCAACACCCCCCCCCCGCCACCAACGCUGCUCCUUCUGGUUCUGUAAGAGGCCAGGUGAACCAUCGACGCGCUCCUGCCCCCUUUAAGGAAUAAUAAUGCUCCCAACAGCCUCGAGUUAAUCUGGACCUGAAGGAGAGGCCGGCCGCCUGAGGCCUCUUGUUCACCCUUGGGUGAAGCUCCGGUCUUUGGAGUCUAAAAGGCAGAGCAGUGUUUAAAAGGGUCAUUUGAAAAGGUCCUGAGCUUACGCCCCACCGAUGAUAAAAAUCCUGAUCCAUCCAAGUGUCCACGUAAUAAAUCAUCUACAUACAUGUAUGGUGUUGUUUAGGGGGGGGGGGGGGGGGUAGCAUUAAAGUGUGGAAUCCCAUUACAGAGAACUCUCUUGACUAUUUAGUCAUUUAGCAGACUCUUCUAUCCAAAUUCGACUUCCACUGAAGUGUUUUAGAUACAGGACAUCCACGAGCAGGGUGAGGCGUUUCUCUAGGGAUGCUUACAAGUUGACUGCGGGCAUCGGGGAUUGACCUCAGAACGUUUCGUCUGGGACUAGAACACUCUCCCUAAAUGGGCUCAUUAGUUGGGGAAUUGACUUUACUCCAACAUGGACCUAAAUGAAGAGAGGUGGUGUUGAAAGUGUGCACCCUGGAGUUGCUAACGCAAUAUUUCUACAUAUUCAUUCUUGAAAUGGUGUAAUAUUGACAUUGGUCAAUAAUUCUUACUGAUUGACCGACACAAUAAGCCCGAGUUCACUUAGCUACUGUAUCUCACUAUCUCUCAUGAGGGAAAACUCAGUAUGUGUGUGUGCCCCUCAGAUAACUCCAUCCUUUUGCAUGAAUAAUAAUCAAUUAACAUGGAAAAUAAGUCCUUUAUAGAGGAUCUCUGAAACCCCCUGCAAGCCUUAGUGGGUUAGUGCAUGAAACAGUGGAAGCAGACAAAAGCAAAUGAUUGCGGUUCCACCGAUUAACUGAGGAAGUGGAUUGCUUUUGAAAGGUCAGCUCCAUUCCGCUGUGUUUCAGGUCACAUAUCAGCCUGUUUCAUGUCAUUGGUGUGGCAGCGCUGACAGAGGACACCCCUGUCAACAGGAGUGUGUGCGUUCCCAGGACAUACUCCCCUCCGAGCUGGGUUAUGGUUCAUGUCUUGGACUGUAGCCAUCGUGACAGAUUCAUAUAGAUAUGCAGAACAGGGCUCACCUUCUCGCCUGCUGCAUACGUUUUCUGGAUCUAUUCUUGUCAUUUAGUGUUUUAUUUUCUUUUGGAACGGAAGUGCAGAAACAAUUUUUAAGUGUUGAUAUUCAAUCUUUUAUUGUUAAAUGCUAUAAAUGGUAUUCAAAUCAUAUUUUAGAUUCCGUUGUGUUUUAGAACGCUUGAGACCUACAUAAAAAACAUGAAA